AUGGUAUCGGUGGCGCAGGAAGCUCAGCGCGCGCUUAAUAUCCAGCCUCCAAAGAUUAAACUGAAGGCUCGACGAUUGAAAGGUCACAAAGACAGUACUAACUGCUGCAUUGCCUCAUCUCAAAACCCUCGUCUUAUUGUCACUGCCGGCGAGGAUGGUCGAGUUUGUUGGUUUGAUUUACGAUGCAAUGAUGAACCGCGGCUUACUAUGGAUGUUAGCGAGGAGUCGAUUCUUUCCUUGUGUUUCAAGUCAGGGAAUGAAGAUAAUAUCUACGUCUCAUCAGGAAAGGAAAUCAAGUGUUUUGAUGUGCGCCUGGCCGCCGCCAAAUGGGAGCCACUGGAGAAUUAUAAUUAUAACAAAGAGGAGAUAAACAAGGUUACAUGCAACUCAAGGUCCUCAUUUCUUGCUGCAGCAGAUGACAGUGGUGAAGUGAAGAUAAUUGACAUAAAGCAGCACUGCCUUUACAAAACAUUGAGAGCCGAAACUGGUCAUACAAGUAUAUGUAGCACUGUGGAAUUCCUUCCUUGGCGAUCUUGGGAAGUAAUUAGUGGCGGUCUUGAUUCAACUCUUGUGCUGUGGGAAUUCUCCAAAGCUCGCCCCUACAAAGUAGUCAAUUUUGGUACUGUAAGUAAUAGCGGGGCUGGGCAGUGUUUCAACCCUUCUUUGAUUCAUGCAAUAGCUGUCCCAGAAAUUGACAUGGUAGAUAAAUUAGGCAAGGUAUGUGCUGUUGCAGGGGGUGGAGUUAUUAAUGUUAUUGAUAUUGAAUCAGAAAUCGCUGCUGUAAGAUCAAAAACCUCUUCGAAUACACGAAAAGGAUCACAACCAAGAUUAAAAGACGGUAGUUCGACUAGCAAUACAGAUGCGGAUCAUAAUGUAAAAAAGAGGUUGCAUUUUGAUUACAGUAUGGGUGGCCAUACUUCAGCUGUUUCUAGCUUGGCAUUUUCGUUGUUCGGGGAAAGAGGGAAGUUCUUAAUAUCUGGGGGAAAUGAUAAGUUGGUGAAGGUAUGGAACUGGUCGAGUUAUACUGAUGCCGGGUCAAGUGACAGCAACAAUGAUAUCCUACAUUUGAACAUUGGUGUACCUCAGAAGGUCAAUUGGCUAUGUACCACUUCAGCUGAUACAGACAACCUUGUUGUGUGCGACACAUCUAAAACCGUAAAGGUCUAUUCUAUAACAUAG